GUCAGGAUUAAGCCAAUCCCGAGAUUGGGCUAGUUUGAUCAAUAAUCAAAACACUCCACAUGAUUAUUAUAUCAAAGCAGGUGGAGGGGGAAUCCGGGAAGGCCUAUAAGAUUCGUUCUCCCAUCCUCCUUUUCUUCUGUGGACAGCUUUGAACAUUCAGAGUGCAUAAGAAAGAUAUUUCACGAACUCUGACACACAGAACGAGAGAAAAUGGGAAGAGGACCAAAUAGAGGGAAAGGUGGAAAGUUGAACCGAGGGGCAUGGACGGCUCUCGAAGAUAAGAUGCUAACAGAUUAUGUUACAGUCCAUGGUGAUAGGAGGUGGAGCACUGUCGCCAGAGAAGCCGGUCUGCACAGAUGUGCGAAGAGUUGCCGACUCCGAUGGCUGAAUUACCUAAGGCCAGACAUCAAGAGAGGGAAUAUCACAAAGGAAGAAGAGGACCUCAUCAUUAGGCUUCACAAACUCUUAGGCAAUCGGUGGUCUUUGAUUGCUGGAAGACUUCCGGGCCGAACCGACAAUGAAAUCAAGAAUUACUGGCACUCGCAUCUAGCCAAGAAGCAGAAGGUUAGGAAGUUCGAUAACAAGAUUGUAAACAACCAAAAGAAGAUGAACAUCGAGAAAUAUUCUGAGUUGGAGAAGCCAUCAGACCUGCUUCGAAAUGAUAUCACAAUGUCACGUUUUUUAAAUGGUAGUAUCUCCCUAGAUCACGCCAGAUUGGAAGAUGAAAGCUCUAAGUUGGAACACAGCAAAUCUGGCAUUGAUCGUUCACCGAUGAUGACGGUGGAGGGUUCGGGGCAGUUCAAAAUGGAUUUGCUGGUUGAAGAUUUUGACCUUUCUGGAAUAAAUAUUGACAUCAGUUUCACAAGGCUGUGUGAUUAUGAAGCUUCUCUUAUUGGUUCAACAUGCAGAGGGCGCCCAAAUGAGGCUGGCGAAGAUUUCUUCGGCCAUUCAUGGCAUUGGUUGCCCGAGGGGUUCUUGGACAAUUGGAGCUCCGAAUUUGCUUCUAGGGAAGAUUGGAAUAUCAUGUAAAAUGAAGAAAGAAAAGCUUUUUAUUUCCAUUUUCUAAAUGAUAGAAGGAAAGACAUAUUUUCGUGUAUUCAUUUUUCCAAUGAUUAAUAGAUUUCCGAUGAAUCAUUUCCACAUUAUUCUUAUUUUCCAUAAAC